AUGAGAUCUAGUCGAAAUGCCAGAGCUACGACGUCAGAAGACGGUUCCUUGGCUCACGAGUCUUACGAGGCAUCACCUUCACCACGGCGGCCUCCCUCGAAACGCUCGCUCCGAGGUCGCUCGGGAUGCUUGAACUGUCGACGACGACGAAAGAAGUGCGACGAAUCCAAACCAAGUUGUGCCAAAUGUGAAAGGCUCGGCGAAGAAUGCGAGUGGGACUCAGGGCUCAGUUUUCGCUUUACUUCGCUCGAGGCCGAUCAUCCUAGCAUGAUAGCCGGACAGAAGAUAGCAGCCACAGCCCCAUCGCUACAAUUGGUCGACGUCGUAUUCGAUCUGGAUACUCAUGAAUGCAAGGAGUUUCUCAAUGGACAGGAACAUUCGACAGCCGAAGAUAAUCCUGAGAACGAGAUCCCAACAUCACACGAACCUGAAAGUGGUGCUUCCACUUGGGACAUGGACCUCGCUGUCGAUGGUGUCAGUGAAAAUCUACCUCAAGAUCAGACAGCACUGGCUCGAAGAUUUACGAACGACAACGUAUCACCAGGGAUGCAAUGGACCCCACAUUUGACAACAGAGUCUCAUGACGUCCAUAGUGUUCAUGACAAUAGACGUUCCCACAGUUUUGCAGCUGGAGAUGGUGAAGCUCAACAUCAUGUCACAUUUCAAACCCCAAUCCAACCUAUCGAGGAUCCCAUAUCAACUGCUAUUCUUCCUGUCAUCCGCGACGACGAUCAUCUCUUAUCAUUCUCCUUGCCGGAACUCGAGUCUCUGGACUACCUUACCAAUCGGGAUGCUUAUCCGACUUUUGGCGACUCUUUGUGGCCCACGAUGAGCAAUAAAGAAACCAACACUUUGAUGGACAUGGAUCAUGUUCCUGCUGAAUCACCAGACAUGUAUGCCAUGUACUACCCCAAUGCCACAUAUCGAGAGCUGCACACGACUCUAUACAAUCACAUGGUCGAUACAGCUCGUGGCACUGGUCUCACACGAGCAGGUACCCCCGAAUCUGAUGACUCGCAACAAGAUAUACAGAACCGAACGACACUCAAGUCUUGGGAGCAGCUCGAGCCCGAUAGACCCACGCGGAGCAAUCUCCCGAAAGGCAUGACUGUGCGUCGCGAAAUGGAGCUCUGGCGCAACUACCUUGACGAGAUAGCUCUGUGGCUAGAUAUGUUCGACAAUGAUCGUCACUUCCAGAUCCACCUACCAAUCCUGGCACAAAACUCAGAACCACUAAGACUAUCAGUACUGGCUCUUUCUGCAAGGCAGAUCGAGAGAAGAGAUCCAGAUAAACCAUAUACAGAGAGUCUGGCAUUGUAUCAGGAAGCAAUCCGUUUGAUCGCUGGCGAGCUAGAGAGCAUGAGUACGGAGGUUAUUGGAAGCUGUGUGUUGCUUUGCGUAUUGGAGAUGAUGAGCUCUUCUCCGAAAGACUGGGCUCGACAUCUAAAUGGUGCGGCUAUGUUGCUCAAGGCCGCGGGUAUUAAUGGUGUUGUGGGAGGCAUACGACAAGCCAUUUUCUGGUGCUUCGCCCGCAUGGAUAUGUGGGGUGGCUUCCUUUCCGACUCCCAUACCAAGAUUCCAACGAGCUUGUGGUUUCUGCCAACAGGCACAAUGUCGACAGCCAUCUCAAAAUUCAAAACGGAUUUUCAGAAUUUUGAUAGCUACGCCAAUUACUCACUCUUCCUGUGCGCCAGUGUACUUGACGUCGUAUCAAGACGUGGCAGCGCAAACGAACGCGGGAGUACCUACAGCGCGAAGUGGAAAGCGCUGUUCGAUCUCCUCGUUGACUGGAAUGUGAAUAGACCAGCAGAGAUGCGACCUAUGACAUCGCGCGCCUGUGAGAACGAGGAUGAAGGGCCUNUUCCUGUGGUCAUCUACACAAACGCAGCAGCCGUCAGCGCAAAUCAGCUCUAUCACACUGCCACUCUACUCAUGCUGCAGGCAAAACCGAACGAUCUUAGAGUCAGGGGCCAGAGGAGUAUCUUCUGGCAUGCGAGACAGGUCAUUGGUAUCUCGGUGAGUAAUUUGCUGCAUGCUGCGUGGACGAAUGCACCGCAGCCUCUGUACAUCGCUGGCAAAGUCAUGUCGAGUAAAGCCGAACAUCGUGUUGUGCUAGAAGCACUAGCAGAAAUCGAGAGAACCACAGGGUUCGCUACUCAAUGGCGGGCGCAAGAUCUGAAGGAAUAUUGGGGCGAUGAAGGAGACUGA